AUGAUCAAAGAAAAUGAUGAUGGAGAGGAAUUCCUACUUCUAUUGGAUUAUUUUGGAGUUAUAUUUCCAGCAAUUACUGAUAAACAAAUACGUUUUUCUUUAAUUAAAGAAAGAAUAGGUCCAAAAAUUCCUCACAUAAUGGCAUUAUUAGUCAAUACAAAUCCUGCUAUUCGAUUUAGGGUUGCCCGUUUUCUCUCAAAUCUUACCGAAAUUGAGUUAUGUCCCAUGUUGAGACUUUUCUUCCAGCCGCUUUCUGAAAUGAUAUCAGAUAAUGCUUCGACUUCUGUUGAAUGGGCUAUGUUAGGAGCAUCGGAGCUUUUACUUAGGUUAUCUAUUAUUGCUAGCAAAUUGCUUGGUGCAAUAUCACUCAUAUCUCUGUUGGCACUACGCUGUAUUGGAGAUCGAAAUGAAUCGGUUCGAGCGGCCGCCGCCCUUGCCUUUCGUCAAUUUGUUGCUUUAUUACCUUUAGAAAAUAGACAAAAUCAUUUUUUACACGAAUUGUUUGAUGAUAACAAGUUGGAUGACAAAUCUGAGAUGACGAUGUUGCAGAACACAUACAUCAAUUCUUUCUCUCUAGUUGAUGUUCUUGGAUGUCCGGGCAAUUUACCAAAGUUAAGACGUGAUGAAAUUCCAUUUCUUGUUGAUACAUUGGAUUUACGUGAUUAUCAGAUUGAAGGGUUGGGAAAAACUCUGCAAGUUCUUUCUUUACUUUCCUGGGACUAUGUUCAACGGGUUAAUCAAAACAGAAAGGCACAACAUAAAGAGGGUCAUUUGAAGUCUUCAUUAAUUGUUUGUCCGCGCACUCUUGUAGAUCAUUGGUGUAAAGAAUGGAGCUCAUUCUUUCCAUCUUCACAAAUAUCUAUUCAAAAAGUUGCCAAUUAUAGAGAAAGUAAUGAGGGACGUGAAUGUAUUUUAGUUGUGUCCUACGAGGAAUUGCGCUCUAAUAAAGAGCUACGUGAAUAUUAUUGGCACUAUUUGGUACUUGAUGAGGGCCACUGUAUUCGUAACCCAGCUAGUCAAUUAUUUGAGUCUGUUUGUGCCGUUAAAUGCUUUCAUCGUCUUAUAUUAUCUGGAACACCCGUGCAAAAUUCACCUGCCGAUCUCUGGGCAUUAUUUACAUUUUUAAUGCCAGGUUACCUCUCAUCACGAGCGGCAUUCCAAUCAAAAUAUAUGCGUCACAUUUUAGCAUGCAGAAAUGCUCGGGCCAGCGAACAACAGAUUAAGGAAGGAGAACAAGCUUUACAGUCUCUACAUAAACAAUGUCUCCCUUUUGUAUUACGUCGCUUAAAAUCGGAAGUACUGGCUGAAUUACCAGAAAAGAUUGUGCAGGACAGAGAAUGUGAAUUAACUGUAUUACAACGCAUCCUUUACCAAUUAAUUGUUGAUUGCUGCUCUUUGAAUGCGCGUGAUGUCGAUACUGAAUCAAUUCAAUGGCUGACUCCAAUUCAAGUAUUACACGCACUUCGAAAACUUGUCGAUCAUCCUCUUUUGAUUUCGAAGCUUAUAAAGAGUUUAAGAUGUGAGGACACUAAUUACAAUUAUCUCGCAGAAGAGUGUAUGCAAUCGCAUAUUGAGCAAUCAGGAAAAAUGUUAGCUUUAAGAGAAUUAUUGAAUGAAUGUCAAAUUGGAGAACGUUUCAGCGAAUAUGAUGUUAACUAUUCUCGUAACAAAGGAUUAGAACACGAACAAAAACUUGAACAAGUAUCUAGCGGCACAACCUGUUAUGAAUCACAAAAUUUUCUUUCUAAUACAACACACAAAGCUCUUAUUUUCUGUCAAUGGCGUGCAACCAUUGAGUUGAUUUCAUAUUUCUUGAAUAAUGGAGAAUUUGGUAGUGGAAUUAACUUUCUUGUUUUGGAUGGGCAAACACCUCCAUCUCAGCGACAGUCAAUUGUGGACCGCUUUAAUACCGAUCCAAACGUGCAACUGCUAUUACUUACUACACAUGUUGGUGGAAUUGGUCUAAACCUGACUGGAGCUGAUGUAGUUAUAUUUAUGGACCAUGACUGGAAUCCAUUCCGCGAUCUACAAGCGAUAGACAGACUUAUUACACUUGGGACUGUUGAAGAAAAGGUUAUGAGGCUACAAAAAUUCAAAACGGACACAGCAAACGCUCUCAUCGGUGUGGAAAAUCGUUCACUUGCUUCAAUGGCAACUGAUGAUUUAUUGGAGCUAUUUUCAUUAAAAAACCCUGGAACGAAUUUAGAUGUAAAUGCAAAAUUAAGUAAUACAAAGAAAAAAAGUAGAAUGAAUUCAAAUGCAAGUUGUUCAACUGAAAAUGGUGUUUGGGCAGUUGAUGAGCUUUGGGGGAAUCAAAAAGAAGAGGAAGAUACUGAAUUCGAGCAAUAUAUUGAACAACAUUCUGUUAAAAAAUUUCUUUACUCAAACACCUAG